GCGGAGCGCGCCUGCGCCGCCAGACGUGGCAGCAGCCCCCGGCGGCGGCGGCGGGUCGGGAGCGGGGCUGGCUCGGCGGCGGGGAUGGCUGUGCCGGGGCAGGGCGCGGGGGCUGCGCGGCGCCGCGGGCGGUUCCCGCUGCUGCUCCUCGGCCUGGCGGCAUUCUUGCCGGCAUUGGUGUACUCGUUGAAGGUGUCUCCCCUCAUAGAAAAAAUAAGUGACCACAAGGAUUUUAAGAAGCUUCUCAGGACACGGAAUAAUGUACUAGUGCUGUAUUCCAAGUCUGCUGCUGCUGCAGAAAGCUCACUCAGGUUACUGUCCAGCGUGGCCCAGGAGGUGAAAGGACGAGGUACUAUAAGCUGGAUAGACUGUGGUGAUACUGAAAGCCGAAAAUUAUGCAAGAAGAUGAAGGUAGAUCCUAAUUCAAAGGACAAAGGAGUGGAAUUACUCCAUUAUAAGGACGGUGCAUUUCAUACUGAAUAUAACAGAGCGGUCACACUGAAGUCUAUAGUGGCCUUUCUCAAGGAUCCAGAAGGUGCUCCGCUGUGGGAGGAGGAUCCGGAAGCCAAAGAUGUUGUGCAUGUUGACAGUGAAAAGGAAUUGAGAAGACUUCUGAAGAAGGAAGACAAACCCCUUCUGAUGAUGUUCUAUGCCCCAUGGUGUGGUGUUUGUAAGAGAAUGAUGCCAUCUUACCAGCAGGCAGCCACAGAACUGAAGGGUAAAUAUGUUCUUGCAGGGAUGAAUGUUUACUCUGCUGAAUUUGAAAGGAUAAAGGAAGAAUACAAUGUCCGGGGAUAUCCUACAAUCUGCUAUUUUGAGAAAGGAAAGUUCCUGUUCCACUUCGAGAACUAUGGUGCUACUGCAGCAGAUAUAGCAGAGUGGCUGAAAAACCCACAGGCACCUCAGCCACAGGCUCCAGAGACUCCCUGGGCAGAUGAAGAAAAUGUAGUUUAUCACCUGACGGAUGAGGACUUUGACAAGUUUAUAAAAGAUCAUUCAUCUGUGCUGGUGAUGUUCCAUGCACCAUGGUGUGGGCACUGUAAGAAAAUGAAACCAGAAUAUGAGAAGGCUGCAGAGUUUCUCCAUGUAGCCAGUGAUAGUCCAGGUGUCCUUGCAGCAGUCGAUGCUACCGUCAACAAGGCGCUGGCAGAAAGAUAUCACAUCUCAGGGUUUCCUACUUUGAAGUAUUUUAAGGAUGGAGAGGAGAAAUACACUCUGCCACACCUCAGAACAAAGAAGAAGAUCAUCGACUGGCUUCUAAAUCCUGAAGCACCACCUCCACCUGAGCCUGCAUGGGAAGAAAAACAGACUAGCGUUAUCCACCUUGCUGGAGAAGACUUCAGGGAGUCCUUGAAGAAGAAGAAGCAUACCCUUGUCAUGUUCUAUGCACCAUGGUGUCCCCACUGUAAAAAUGCCAUUCCACAUUUUACAACCGCUGCUGAAGUCUUUAAAGAAGAUCGAAAGAUCGCCUAUGCUGCAGUAGACUGUGCCAAAGGACAGAAUCACGACCUGUGCAAGCAGGAAGGAGUUGAUGGCUACCCCACCUUCAACUAUUACAACUAUGGGAAAUUUGUGGAAAAAUAUACUGGAGAAAGAGGGGAGUCUGGAUUCACCACUUUCAUGCGAACCCUGAGAGAAAGAGACCAUGAAAGAGUAGGAAAGAAGAAGGAUGAAUUGUAGUUUCUGCCUCAAAAGAAGCUUUCCGCUGCACUGUGAAUGGUUCCAGGUCUUUGUUAAUGCACCUGAGACUUCACAUAUUCUCAAGACAGAGACUUUUUUUAUAAACAGCCAUGGCCAUUUUGUACAAUUUUGAAAUAAAGUGAGACCACUUGAUUUUUAAAAGGAAAAUAAAUUAAAAUGUUGCCAUAA